AUGAAACAAACGUUUGUACAAGAUAUUGGACAACAGUUACAGUCCGCUGUAUUCUCGUCAGGCUUAACUACAAAAUUAAUAUGUCUUUUCUGUAUAAUUGGAUAUGCUCUUUCAUUCAGUUCACAAUGUGUGCAAGCACUUGCUGUCAUUCCAGGACGAGUAAUGCCACCUAAUUUUUGGAUUUGGACAUUUUUAACACAUAGCUUUAUUGAAUUGCAUAUUUGGCAUACAAUAAUUGACAUUAUCGUUGUAUUUCUUUACUCGAAAAUGAUUGAGCCGCUAUGGGGUACACAUGAACUUUUACGAUUUUAUUUUAUUGUAACCAUUCCAAAUGCAGUAGUUGCAACAUGCAUUUAUUUUAUUUUUUAUGGUCUUACAUUUCAUGAAGAAUAUUUGUUUGAAAGGCCUAUCUAUGGUUUAGCUGCAUUUCUCGGAGCCUUUUCAGUUGUUAUCAAACAGCUUAUGCCGGAUACAGUCUUAGCAACAACACCAUUCUUUAAACUUAAACAAGAUCAAGUACCGUUAUUGAUGGUAGUUCUAUCAGUUAUACUUUGGUUUGUUCGCGCUGUACCUGUACAUUUUCUAAUAAUGUUCAGUUUUGGAAUCUUAAUUAGUUGGACCUAUUUAAGAUUUUUUCAACCCCAUCAAAAUGGAACAAUAGGUGACACAUCAACGACAUUUACAUUUGCUAGUUUCUUUCCAUCACCUAUUUCACCGAUUAUAAGUGUUUUUGCAAAUACAAUAUUUGAAAUAUGUGUUAAAUGGAAAUUAUGUAAAUCUUUUGGGAAAAAGUAUAAUGUUGCUUCAUCGUCGAGUAUUACAAUUACAAUACCUGGUCCGGAAGCUGCUGACGCCGAUAGACGAAAACAAAAAGCCUUAAAAGCUUUAAAUGAUCGUAUGAAACAAAAAGAAACAACAAACGAAAAUUGGCCUGAACUUGAUGAAAGUCAUCAAUCAUCAUUACAUGCACAAGAUCAUUCAACACAAAACUCAUCUGUGUCUAUCGAUCUGACUAAAUCAAAUGAGCUCACAUCAACGAUACCAAAAGAAGGUUCAAAUCAAAAUUUUUUUGACACUAACGAACAACAACAACAACCACAAUCAACAUCAUGA